AUGGUGAUGCUAGAGAAAGCAGUUGAAAUCGAUAUUGAAGAUGAAUACAUCAAUGAUAAUAAAACAUUUGGUCAUAAUGGACUUUAUCUCUCAGAGAUGGCUCAUAAAUAUUUGAUCACAAAUGAUGAAAUGUUUUGGUUUUGGAUUUUUUUCCCCUCUGAUACUCGACCGAAGGCGAUGCGAAUUGUGAAUAAUGAAAAUGACUCGAGGGGGAUGCUGAUGAUAAUAAAAGCCACGCACUAA